AUGCUUGGAGGAUUAGCACGAACCAGAAUCGCCCCAGCGGCCAAAAGCUGCCCCUCCUUAUUCGCAAAAUCAACAAGGGUGAAGAGUGAUGCAGUACCUCGGCAAUGUCUCCAGAACGCAGUGCGAAACCUGUCCUCGAUAUCCAAAAUACCCCUCAUUUCCACACGUCAAUUUCGAUCAAAUGCAUCAGGUCGAGCAGCCGUAACAGAUAUUCCUAUGUUCAAUGAUGGACCUGUUCCAGAGCCAUAUAUACCUCCAACCACUCCUAAAGUACCUGGGUUGCCAGUAUACGAUGCUGCCAUCUCUGACAGGCCCGCGUACUGGCAAAAGAUUCCCCGCUGGAAAGAUGUCACUGAAGCUGAAUUCCUGACAAACAAAUUUCAUACUCGUUAUACCAUAGCCACCAUAAUGCAACUAGAAGUUUUCAUGUUGGAAACUUUACCCCCUGUCCUUCGAAAACAUCCCGAUUUCCCUGGCAUUGUAACUCGAGAAGACUUCAUUAAGGAUGUUAAGGAGGGUAUCAAAUUAGCGCCUAUGGCAAUACGCAUGCCGCCCCACAUCUUAAGUAUCAUUGAUUGGAACAAUCCAUUUGAAGAUCCCAUUCGUCGCCAAUUCAUACCAAUGAAGUCAAGCAAACUUGAGGAUCAUCCCAAGGUUGAGUUAGACUCGCUGCAUGAGUCUGACGACUCUCCCGUGGAAGGCUUCGUUCAUAGGUACUAUGACAAAGCCUUAUUCUUAGCAACAUCAAUAUGUCCACUGUACUGUCGCUUUUGCACUCGCUCAUGGUCCAUCGGACCGGAGACCGAAAAUGUCAAGAAAACCACCUUCAAACCUCAACGAAAACGCUGGGAAGACAUUUUUACCUACAUCGAAGAUACCCCUCAACUCCAAGACAUCGUUGUUUCUGGCGGAGACUGUUACACUUUAAGCGCCGAUAACCUUCGUCUCAUCGGUGAACGCCUUAUUUCCAUCCCCCAUAUCAAACGAUUCCGAUUCGCCACCAAAGGUCUCGCCGUAUCUCCUGCUUUUAUUCUUGAGGAUUGCGAUGGAUGGGCAGCUGAGAUGAUUCGCCUCUCACAAUUGGCUAGAAAGGCAGGCAAAAGUAUGGCUAUCCAUACACAUUUCAAUCAUCCUCGUGAAAUGACCUGGGUCUCAAGAUUGGCCCUUCAGAAGUUACACGAGAACAAUGUUACUGUGAGGAACCAGACUGUCUUGCUCAGAGGAGUCAAUGAUGAUGUAGCCACCAUGAGUGAACUCAUCAAGACCGUGGCUGAUAACAACGUCAUCCCUUACUAUGUUUACCAAGCCGAUAUGGUGCAGUACGUUGAAGAUCUCCGCACCCCCCUCUCUACAAUCCUGGGUCUUGAACGCCACAUCCGCGGCUCCAUCGGUGGUUUCGUAACACCCAAUUUUAUCGUCGAUCUUCCCGGCGGCGGCGGUAAACGUCUCGCCGCCUCAUACGAUACCUAUGAUCCUAUUACUGGUCGCUCGACUUUCACAGCUCCAGCCGUCACCGGUAAAAAUAAAGAAAAUAGGAUCUACGAAUACUGGGACCCGUUGCAUUCUCUCCACACACCCACAACCUCAUCCUCUUAG